AUGUCAACUCAAUCUGAAACUGUCUUUGUUACUGGUGCUAACGGUUUUAUUGCUCAACAUAUCGUCAAACAAUUAAUUGAAAAAGGCUAUAAAGUAAUUGGAUCAGUUAGAUCAAAAGACAAAGGAGAAAAUUUAAAAUCCUUAAUUGCCGAAGCAGGUUUAGUUUCCAAUUUAUUUCAUUAUGUUAUAAUCACUGAUCUUAUAGAUAAACAACAAUUUGACAUAGUAUUUUCUCAACAUCCAGAAAUUUCAAUUGUUUUACAUACUGCAUCACCAGUUGAUUUUAAUGCAAAAGAUGCUAUUAAAGAUAUUAUUGAACCAGCGGUUUUAGGAACUAAACAUAUUUUACAAUCAGCUAAACAACAUCCAAAUAUUAAAAAUUUUGUUAUUACUUCAUCAAUAGCUGCAGCAAUUGAUAUUUCAGGAAGUAUAAAACCAAACGGUACUAUAACUGAAGAAUCAUGGAGUGGAUUGGAAAUUAAGGAUUUAAAGGGCCCAGAAGAUGCGUUUGUAGCUUAUAGAAUAAGUAAAACUUAUGCAGCUUUUGAAGUAAAAAAUAAAUCCCAAUUAAAUUUUUCUGCUGAAUUAGUCAAUAAAGUUUUAAAAUUAAAAUCAAAUCAAGAAAUCCCAUCAUUUGUUGGAAUUUUCAUUGAUGUUAGAGAUGUAGCUCAUGCUCAUAUUAGAGCUUUCGAAGAAGCUCAGCGAACAAAUGGUAAAAGAUUAGGAUUAGAUGCUGGGGAAGUUACUAAUGAAUUGAUUGCUAGUAUUAUUAAUAAAAAUUUCCCACAAGUUAAUAUUCCAAAGGGUUCAAUUGAAAAAUCAAACAAACAAAUACAAUCUAGAGGUUAUGAUUUCGAUUAUUCUGAAUCUAAGAAAAUUUUGGGAUUUGAUUAUAUUUCAUUGGAUAAAUCAAUUGUUGAUUCUGUUCAACAAAUUCUUGAUGCUAAAUAA